AUGUCAAGCCCUAGUGAUUGGAUGGAACUAUAUCACUCUAACUUAACCCACAUCGGUCAAAUCGGAGUUCCUCCGCCAACAACCUCCACCACCACCACUACCACUACCACCUCAAGAAAUAAUAACCUAACCCUCGAUCAAGGCCGUAUAGCAAAGCCCGUGGCCAAAAGGCGGUCGAGGGCUUCUCAAAGGGCCCCAACCACCUUAAUCAAAACCGACCUAAAAAAUUUCAAGGCCCUGGUACAACAAUUCACCGGCGAAGUUCCUAUGAUAUCCCAAAUCUUUGUCGGAACCAACCGAACAAUUGACUUUACUGCGCAUGACGUUGGAACUUCUAGCAUGCGCGUGUCUCAAGCCGAGCAUCCGAACCAUAUGCAACAACAAAACAUGUUUAUGGUAAACGAUCACAACAUGAACAUCAGUUUCGAUGCGGAUCAAGGGUUUUCUUCGAGGAAUGAAAAUCGGAGUUUUGAUCAAGAUUAUGGCAUGUGUUAA